AAAUUGGGCGAGGGGAAGGCGGUGAUCCGCCAUUUCGUGCACGCCGGGUUAGAGUUACUAGCUGCCUGCUUCUGUGGGAGUGGAGUGGCGAGUUCCAGUCGAGGGUGUGUGGAGUUUGAGCCUUCGUGUGUCUAACCCAAGAACUCGAAAUGCAUCGUGAUUCUUGUCCUUUGGACUGUAAAGUUUAUGUUGGUAAUCUUGGAAACAAUGGUAACAAGACUGAGCUGGAACGAGCUUUUGGUUACUAUGGACCACUCCGAAGUGUGUGGGUUGCUAGAAACCCUCCUGGCUUUGCUUUUGUUGAAUUUGAAGACCCCCGAGAUGCAGCUGAUGCUGUCCGAGAGCUAGAUGGGAGAACACUUUGUGGCUGCCGUGUGAGAGUGGAGCUGUCAAAUGGCGAAAAGAGAAGUAGAAAUCGAGGCCCACCUCCUUCUUGGGGUCGUCGCCCUAGAGAUGAUUAUCGGAGACGGAGUCCUCCACCUCGUCGCAGAUCUCCAAGGCGGAGAAGCUUCUCACGCAGCCGUAGCAGGUCCCUUUCUAGAGAUAGGAGAAGAGAGAGAUCACUGUCUCGGGAGAGAAAUCAUAAGCCGUCUCGAUCCUUCUCUAGGUCUCGCAGCCGAUCUAGAUCAAAUGAAAGGAAGUAGAAGACCAGUUAACAAGAAGAGUGUACAGGAAAUAACUUCGUUUGACAGGAGUAUGUACAGAAAAUUCAAGUUUUGUUUGAGACUUCAUAAGCUUGGUGCAUUUUUAAGAUGUUUUAGCUGUUCACAUUUGUUUGUCUCUUGGAACAGUGACACAUAAAGUUGUAAUUCUCUAUGGUUUGAAAUGGAUCAUAUGAGUCAUGUGAUAUCAAGAAUUGUUACUUUACAAUGUUCCCUUAAGCUUUGAACUUUAGUCUCAUAGACUGGUAUAAUAAACUUUGAAAUUCUGCCUAGUUAAAGUAUGUUUAUUAUGGAAACAACUGGCAAAAAUUGAGCCAAAAAAUGUCCCCCUUCCAAAACUGGGCCAUAGUGUGCAGCUGGAGUUAGAACACAAGCAGUGUUUAAACACUGCUGUGAACAUAGGCCAGUAGGUAAUAAAAGCUGCACUUCUUUUUUUUUUUUUAAGACUUCUUCAAGCUGGGUAAAAAAACACCCAGUUGGUAUACUGAUAUAUCUGAAUUUCAAGAAAGUUACUUUUGUUUUUAGGUCAUAAGUCCCUUAUGAUAUUGAUACAUAAUUAUUAACAUUUUUUGGGAAUCUAUUCAAAAUAAUCAGUUUAAGGGUACAUUGUAGAGCUGAAGUUGUUACUGUGCAAGAUUUUUUUUCAUGCUGUCAUUUGUAAUAUGUUUUGUGGGAAUCCUUGGGAUUAAAGUUUUGGUUACAAAUUGUUGUUUAAUUUGAAAGCCUGUUUUUCCUUGGAAAACUAAAUCUAUGAGCUUGGUACCAAGUCCAGGCGUAUAACAUUCCUGUUGGAAGCCAUACUUAUAUUUUCCUGUAAGAUGUUUUUGAAUAAAUAUUAGCAUAAUGUAUAAUAGUUGAACCCACAAUAUUACCAUAGUUCUUGUCCAACAUGGAAGGUGAUUGGUUAUAUAGAUCUAAUUUUAUAAAAAAAACACAAUGACUUUGAGGGGAAGGGGGGAAGUGUUGGCUAUCACCUAGGUGAUUAGCCUUAGCCAGUUUAGUAGAAGAAGCCAGUUCAAAGUCUCAGUGACCAACAUUUUGAAUUUUUAGCACCCUGGUACAUUGUAAUUCAAAGUUGCCCAUGAAAAAGGCUUUUAUCAUUAGCAUGAGAACUAUACACAUUUUAAAAUUGCUUCCAUUUUAUGAUUUGAGGUGUUGCAUGGGAAUUCUAAAUUGAUCCAUCAUGAUGUAAACUGUACUAUGGUUCAAAUGUAACAGCGCAGAAUUGAAGAGGCAUGUGUAACCUUCCUCUUAGAAACUCAGAGGAGUUGUAAUAUCAAGUUUGUGCAUUUAGAUUAAAUCAUAAUGCAACAGU